ACCCACCAUGUUCAGCAGAUUAAAAUCCAAGGAGAGUAAAGGUGACACCACCCCGGUACCCAAAGAAGCCCUCCAGAAGGUUACGGUCCCAUUCUCCGCCCCUCCGGCCCUGUAUAAGGUUCCUGACCCACCGGUGCUUGAUAAAUCCCAACAAGACAUGUAUUUAAAGGUCCACCAACACUUUAGUAACCCCCAGUUUGUGGUGGCCAGUACUGAACACGACCAGCAGCAGAAGAAUAAGGACGAGACCAAGUUCACGGCGUUGACAGAUGCCGAGAAGGCGUGGUUGACGAGAGAGUGUUUCUUUAGAUACUUGAGAGCUUCCAAGUGGAAUUUGGCAGAAUGCAUUGCCAGAAUCGAAUUGACCUUAAGUUGGAGAAGGGAGUUUGGCAUCGCUGGUAACUUUGAAGAUGAUAAUAAGGUGAACGGGAAGUUGACGGGGGCGGAAAACGAGACAGGAAAAGAGAUUAUUUUGGGUUACGACAACGAUGUCAGACCUUGUCUUUACUUGAAACCUGGUAGACAGAACACCAAGCCUUCAAUCACUCAGGUCCAGCAUAUGGUGUAUAUGUUGGAACGUGUCAUCGACUUUAUGCCCAGUGGCCAGGACUCGUUAGCAUUAUUGAUUGAUUUCAAGCCUACCAACGUAGGUAUUUCCACGGGUAAGAUCCCACCUAUUGGCACUGGCAGACAAGUUUUGCACAUUUUGCAAACUCAUUAUCCCGAGAGAUUGGGUAAGGCCUUGUUGUGCAACAUUCCAUUGUUGGGAUGGACUUUUUUAAAGAUUAUUCAUCCAUUUAUUGACCCUUUAACACGGGAAAAGUUGGUGUUUGACGAGCCAUUCCCCAAAUAUGUACCAAUUGAACAAUUGGACAAGGACUUCGGAGGCACGGCUGAUUUCGAGUAUAAUCAUGAGGUUUACUGGCCGGCACUUAUAAAGAUGGCGGAUGAGAAGAAGACCAAGUACGUCAAGAGAUUUGAAAAGUUUGGGUCUAAGGUGGGUUUGAGUGAAGUGGACUUGAGAGGUGACCACGACGACUUGGUAUACCCGGUGCCCGAUGUCAAACAGAACUAGAGCGUGUUUAACACGGUAAUUGUUAUAUAUUAGAUCUUACUAUAAUUUGUGUAUGCCCUCAUAUCGUAGUACACUUCAAGUGAUUGGCUUUGCACACUUGCGCUUCUCCACCACUCCCGUCUUGGGACACACCAUAUGCUCCCAGUCGAUGGGAAACAUCGAGUCGCCCGCACCGUUUUCGGACUUGGCGUAGAUGACUCCCAAGUCGUUUCUGGCGGUACUUAGGUAAUAGUUGGAACCAUCUCCAAGGGAAAUGAUCAACGCCCGUACAAUGUCACCGGGCUUGAACGACUCGAUGAUCUUCACCUUGUCUCUGUCGGUCAGUCGCACGUCUUGGGACCGGAUGACACCUUUGAACGAUUCACCUAGUUCUCCAGCCAUGGCAUUGAUGCCUGCUGUCAAUGAAGAAGCUAUGGUGGAGUGAUUGUUUAACGCCUGAGCUCCUCCUCCGGCACCGAGGGAUUGGUGGGCUAUGUCGCCGUUGACGCCGAGCCCCGAGUCCUCUAUGACAUUUCCCAGGCUUUCUACUGAUAAAAUCUCGCAGUACGCCUGUUUGACGUUCAAUUUGGUGACUCGAACAACCACAAUGUCGUUUUCCUUUGGGAGGUUGUUGGUCACGGGCGAGAUAUCGAUUGUGUCUGGGUUAGCACCAGUGGCAGUGUACUUGGAGCUUAGCACCGACACGGUGAUCUUAUUUUCAUCAGAUGCAUCAGGUUGGCUCACCAAUAUGCCCACCACCGUAGAAACUAUGAUGGGGACGACCUUCUCAUUGUGCUCGAUUUGGGACACCGUCGUGCCCUUGCCGCUGAUAAACAGGAGCACGCCGUCACCAUGUGUCUUGUACAAGGGCGUGAUGUACUGUCCUGGUACCACUUUAUGCCCUAAGAUGGAUUCCAUGAUGU